AUGUCAAGGCCACCAUCUGCGUCUGAGAACACCUUGCCUGACACCCUGGUGACACCUGCUGCGUCUGCCCAACAUGAUUGCUCUGCACGGCCUGAGCUCUCUUCCGGCAAGCAGCGUCGCCACAACACUCGCGACCAGCAGCUCAUGCAUCAGGAUGUUCAGCAAGCUCCUUCUCCAUCCCGCGCUGAAUCCCCCACUGCUCAUCAAUGGUCUAAACCUGCAUCUGGCUUUACCCUAAAAAGGGCAUUGACUCUUCCCCUGGAGAGGCUCUCCCGCCCUGAUCGGUCUCACAGCCCCCAGCUUUCCGAAAGGGAUUCCAUCUUCGCAACCCACUAUCUUCCCUCAGAUAACGAAACCAGUAACACACCGCAACUGGGCCCCGUACAAGAUGUUGAUACUGCCUUGACGACCGACUUGUCUCCGGGACUCGAUAAUGCGCCCGCUUCGCCAAUUUCCUCUUUGAAAAUUCCCUUCCGUCGCCCUUCCGUCGAUCGCUCCCCCAUGGAAAUCGAAAUUCGUAGAACUCACCCGUUGCGCUCCUCUACCUACGUUUCGCCAUCCCUCCCUGUCCAUCCCUCGUCACUACGACCCGUUGCUUCAGAUGUAGCUUGGGACACACCUCACAAGGAACCGGACAGGAAACUGAACGCUCCUGUCCGGGAGAGUUCGCACCUUCCCGGAAAAGCUUUCCCGGAUGGUAUUGGCACUAAACACACCCAUUUAGAGGAUCCCGUUCCCAAUCUCAGUCUGAUAUCUGCCUCUUUGAGAGACUCGCCAUCCCAUCACCCUGAAUAUCCGGAACAAAUCCGAGACCGGCAUUGCGAGACUAGAGUUGAGCGGAGUGCGAGUCGGACCCGACGUGCCAGGGUUGAGAACUCCAUUGAGGCCAAUCUGACGAAUGUGGAGCCUACCUCUCACGUACGUAGCCGAAAGUCUAGUCAUUACCUCGGCUUGUUCAAGGAGAAUACGACCUCGCCUGACCGCAAAAGAAGGGAGGAUAGAGACGGGAAGCACGGGGAGUUUCCGACGCAGGACGAAACGUCGGACGUCACUGUCCUUUCAGAGCCUGAACAGAUUCGGGAUCGUUCCCACACACAAGCGGGAGAUUUGCUGUCAGAGGAUGUUGGUCCUCGAACUUCCAAGAGCUCACCUCAGCUCUUACUUUCCGCUGCUCCGUCAAUAGGGCCAACCGCAUGGCAAGAGAAUCGUCCGCAUACCCUGAGUGAUGAUGUCUCCAAACGCCAGCCCAAGUCUCUGCCGCGCAGUUUGCUGGAGGAAAUUCGAUCUUUCCACUUGACUCCGGGAGGUGGCCGUGGUUCCUCAUUCUCCAAGAGUAUUCCAACCCAGUAUGCUGAAAGGGGCAGAGACUAUUUUGCGGAGAUUCCACCUAGUGAUGGGCUCUCGCCACCAGAUACAAUUCGAGAACAACGUCGGGACUCGGGGCAAUUCGACGAUGAAGAAGAGGAACAGAUCUCGUCUGCUGUAUACUUUCCGCAUGAGCGUGUCACUGUCUCCGAAGAAGUCGACCAAGUCGAGCCUUUCCUUGAGAAUGAGCCAGACAUGGAGCGGUUCGAUGAGUCGGCGCCGAAGAGUAGUCUUGCUCUGGUGCCGAAAGUACAUACCGUGCCUAUUGGGCAGGAAAGCAGUCAUGUGGAUAUAUCGCUUCGGUCUAAAAAUGAGAGUAGGAUUCUCCAUGGCGAGCUACAAGACAUGCACUCCCCUACACUAGAAGAAUAUGAUCGCAAACCUCUUGGCGCCAUUUCAGAACGCAGCGGCGAUUACUCUACAUGUGAGUCCGAGUUUGCCUCUGCGGAUGACAGCAGUGUGUCUGCUCGAGACGAGGAAUCGAGCUUGACCGACGAUGCUGACGUGACCCCGACCGCUACUCCAACUCAGCGUGCUCGCUUCCCGCGUCCACGACGGAAGCACAGUUCGACAGCACCCGUAGGGGCGGUUGAACUGAAGCCUUAUCGACAUCAAGUGGGUGGUCAUACCACGGUUUUCCGUUUCUCAAGACGUGCCGUCUGUAAACAGCUCAACAAUCGGGAGAACGAAUUCUACGAGCGAAUUGAACGCAGACACCCUGAAAUGCUCAUGUUUCUUCCCAGAUAUAUUGGUGUCCUGAAUGUGACCUUUUCCAAGAAUUCGAAACGUCCCAAAGCUUCGUCAGGAAACAAUGCCGAACCCACAGAUACUGAACACAGCAAGGAGCUCACACAAGAUGAGAAGGACUCAAGGAAAACAAGCAUUAGCAAGCCUAGCCAGUCCGGAGACGCGGAGCCAGAACGAAUUUUCAGUCAAAAACAAGUGACCGGUGUCAUCCCCAAGGUGAUACUCGAGAACAACCGCCAUAUUAUUCCGGCUGAUCUGUUCAUGCGCUGUCAAAGACCUAGGACAGCUGAUUGUGCCGCGUCAGGCAGUCGGCGGUCUUUGAACGGGAAUCACGCGUCAGGUGGGAAGCAAUCGGUCGGUGGAUCUACCGCAAGCAGCAUUUCUGCUCCAACCUUGGACAAGCCCAUCGCUAGAUGGGGUGCCACAACCGUGAACAGGAAGUUGCAGGAGCAGGUCCUUCGAGAGGUCUUCAGCCCUCCCGCAAUCCAUCAUCACCGGCGACAUGCCCGCGGUCACUUGAAUCUGCCAAGGACGUCUUCGGACAGUGGCCGUCGACGGGCCAAUCUGUCUGAGGACCAGAGCGCAAGUCUGCAUCGAUACGCAUCAGAGCGCGUUGAAGCAGCAUCCAGUUCUUCGGGCAUUGAUAUUUCGAAGCCGUCCAAGGAAAGCCCGGCUCUGUCCUCUUCCGCCUCGACGGCGCUUGAGGCAGGCCAUGACCGUCUCGAGAAGGUCCGGACUGAAGAACCACAACCUCGCGCCAGCUCGCUCAGUCGAACCCGGCGGGUCAGGAGACGCCAUUCAGGCAGUGGUCUCCAAAGACGGGGAAGCAUCAGCUCCAAUAAAGGUGUCGGUCAACUCAUGUUUUUCGAGGAUGAUGGCUAUGGUGGCGAUAAAGAAGAUGGUAUAUUUUCGAUGGAACGCGACGCCUCCUUGCUUUCAUCUAGCGAUCCCCAUGUGAACGGCUCCACUACUGCGCUGAUUCACAAGAAUGAUACGUCUAACGAUGUACCUUCUGCACCACUGGCCGCCCGCGAUAGCCCGUCAAAGUCCUUGCGCCUUCAGGCGAAGGAUGAUUCUCAAAUGACUGUCCCUUCUAAUCCCAAGGAGGCUCAAACUAGACAAGACGAAAGGGUACAAUUUUUCCUUUUGCUGGAGGAUCUCACAGCUGGUAUGAACAAGCCCUGCGUGUUGGACUUGAAGAUGGGGACCCGCCAAUACGGCAUAGAAGCCAGCGAGAAGAAGCGAAAGUCUCAAAGGCGCAAAUGCCAGUCCACCACAUCUCAGCAGCUGGGUGUCCGACUUUGCGGCAUGCAGACUUGGAAUGUGAGGAAGCAGGAAUACACGUUUGAGGACAAGUAUUUCGGACGGGAUCUCAAGUCUGGGCGUGAAUUCCAGGAUGCCCUCACACGCUUUCUCUACGACGGCGUUUCUUACAGGAGCGUGGCGAAGAAAAUCCCCAUCAUUCUGGAUAAGCUGGCAAAACUGGAGAAUAUGAUUCGAAAGCUCAAGCGUUAUCGCUUGUAUGCUAGCAGCUUACUGAUUCUUUACGAUGGCGAGCAAAAUCCUACCGAAAAACCUCAAGUCGAUGAAACUCACAAUGCCGACAAGCGGGCAUCUCUUCACCGCCGUGCCUCCGAGGACGGGCACAACAAUACCGAAGUACAUCUAAAGAUAGUCGACUUUGCAAAUUGCGUCACAGGCGAAGACGAACUUCCUCCAGAUGCUCCCUGCCCGCCCCAGCACCCGGAUGAUAUUGACCGUGGGUAUCUCCGUGGACUUCGCUCACUUCGAAUGUACUUUCAACGCAUUCUCAAGGAAGUCACUCAAGAUGAAUUUGUUGAGCGGGGUGAAGGCGAAGCUAUCGCUCUCCGAUCUCGUGAUGCCGGUCGCGAGGAAUCGACGGACCGGUUCUGGGACGAGAGCGUGCUGGAGGAGGAUCCCGGUGAAGUCAGCUUCUGA